CGUCUUCUCCUCUCUUCCUCCUUUUCUCCCUCGACCCUCUUUUGUUCUUCCGGCGGUGGAUGCUUGGGUUCGCCAGGGACUUUGGGCAGCGACGGCGGGCGGUGGCUGGUGACGGACGGCGACCGGCAAUGGACGGCGACAGACAGCGAGCGGCAACCAUGGACUCCAUUGUCUAUCUUUCGUGUUUGUUCCUGUUAGGGUUUCAAUUUGGGGACUGACCAGCCAUCAUGGGGUUAUCGGAUUUUGGGGUAAAUGUCGCAUACGAUCUGGCCCAUCAUAAGAGCAAACCAGUUGGCGGUAAAAUUCGGCAUGGUUGUGGCUCUAGUCUUUUUAUUUCGUGGCAGGAGACAAAAAUGUGGAAAUUGUUUACUUGUGGGACACCUUUGUUCUUUCCUGUAUUUGUAAAUUGUAAGUUGUUUGUUCAUGUGCAGAUGGGAUUAUCUAUGGAAUGAACAUCUUAUGUUUUUUUAAAUUAAAAAAUAUAUAAUUUUCACCGUAUUGCCGUAUCAAUAUUUAUGAAAAUAUCGUAUCAGUAUUCGUAUCCGUACCUCGGUGACAUAGGCGGUGAUCGUCUGGAAUGGCGUGACCGUAAAUGACGUGCUUGCAAGCCUGGGUAGCCUUUUAUAAAGCGAUCAAGGCAGUCGAAAACGAAGGGAGAGGAACAAAGAAUAGGAGCUAGCAGAAAUAAAUGGCUGCCCUUUGUGAUUUGGUACCUUAUGUUUGCAUCUUGCUAUCCUUUGUCAUCUUCUACAACCUCAUUUCCUGGAAAACCAGCAAGCUACCACCAGGCCCGGUGGGUUUGCCGGUGGUCGGCUCCCUGUUCCAGGUUGGCGAUAUGCCCAAUGAGUCUUUGGCUAAGCUCUCCAAGCGGUAUGGACCCCUCAUGAGCCUUCGCCUUGGGUUGGCUACCACUGUGGUGGUGUCCUCGGCAGAGAUGGCGGAAGAGGUGCUGCAGAAGCACGACCAGGACUUUGCCGGCCGGACCACUCUGGAUGCACUCAACGUGUGCGACUACCCCGAGUCGUCCAUCAUAAUGAACCAGAAUUGCCCGAGAUGGCGGGAAAUAAGACGCGUCUGCAAUAACGAGUUGUUCGCGCCUAAGAAGCUGGAGGCCAUGAGGGGACUCCGGGAGGAGAAGGUGCGAGUGCUCCUCAAACACAUCCACACGGCAUCGGUGGCCGGACGUCCGGUCAACAUCGGUCAGUGCGUCUUCAAAAUGGCUCUCAACUUGAUGUCCAGUACAGUGUUCUCGGAGGACGUGGUGGAUUUGGAAUCAGAGUCGACGGGAGAGUUCCAGGGCGUGGUGUGGGGGUUGACAGAGGCGGCCACGAAGCCGAACGUUGUUGACUACUUUCCGAUUCUAAGAUUUGUGGAUCCUCAGGGGCUCAGGCGAAGGGUUGGGACUUUGAUGAAACAAUUUCAUGCUGUGUUUGAUGAAUUGAUCGAGAAACGAUCACAGUCGCAUGGUUCUGAAGCAGAAGGGUUGAAGAAGGAGAGGGAGGAUUUCUUGGACGUGCUGCUCCGACUUGUGGAGACCCCAAACUCCGGCUUCACUAGACAGAACAUUAAGCCAAUACUAGCGCAGGACCUCUUUGUUGCUGGAACGGACACAAGCAGUAUCAUAGUGGAAUGGGCCAUGACAGAAUUGCUUCGCCACCCGAACAAGAUGGCUGCAGCUCAGUCCGAGCUAAAACGGACCGUCGGCAUGGAUUGUCUCGUCCAAGAGUCGGACAUCCCACGGCUCCCUUACCUGCAGGCUGUCGUGAAAGAGACCCUACGGCUACACCCAUCUGCUCCCUUGCUCAUGCCACACCGAGCAGAUGUCACUAAACGAGUUGCUGGGUUCACCAUCCCCAAACACACCCAAGUGGUUGUCAAUGCCUGGGCUAUCGGCCGCGAUGCUUCCUACUGGGAAAACCCGACGUCUUUUUCGCCGGAGAGAUUUAUCAGUUCGAACAUUGAUUUUAAAGGAAAGAACUUCCAAUUCAUCCCCUUCGGGGCAGGAAGGAGAAUGUGCGUCGGCAUGGCUUUGGGCCAGCGGAUGGUUCACUUGAUACUCGCUUCUUUGCUGCACGCCUUUUCAUGGGAGCUUCCCCCUGGGAUUGAACCAGAGCAAGUUAACGUAGAGGCCAAGUUUGGGAUAGCACUACGUAAAGCUGUACCUCUUACAGUGUUCCCAUCUCCUUUAAUGGAUACAUAGAUGAUUCCGAUAUCUAAUGAGAUGAUUUUCUAUCCGAAUAUGA